GUUCCUUCUCUGUUAUCAGGCACAUGCAGAUCCUCAGAGAGUCAGUAUGCCAUCUUCAUACCAGACCAACAUGAGGCUCAAGUUCCCUAUCCUCGCUAUUUCUUUGGAGAUUUUAAUAAUUAUUUUAUUUGGGGUUUUUGUUACAUAUAAGGAUAUAAGUACCUCAGGUUCACAUGCCAACACCACAGAAAACAGAUUUCAUGCCUUAUAUCCCAUGUUCCAGGAUGUCCAUGUGAUGAUCUUCAUUGGCUUUGGCUUUCUGAUGACCUUUUUAAAGAGAUAUGGCUUCAGCAGCGUUGGAUUCAACAUGCUUCUUGCUGCCCUGGGCCUUCAGUGGGGUAUUUUGAUGCAAGGCCUCUGGCAUCUCCAUGAUGGAAAAAUAGAAGUUGAUGUAGACAAAAUGAUAAAUGCAGAUUUCAGCACUGCAACUGUUCUCAUCUCCUUUGGGGCAGUUUUAGGAAAGACAAGUCCUGUCCAGUUGCUUAUCAUGACUAUCCUGGAAAUCACCAUCUUUGCCAUGAACGAGCAUCUUGUAGUGGGGAUACUUGGAGCAAAAGACACUGGAGCAUCAAUGACCAUUCAUGCAUUUGGAGCUUAUUUCGGCUUGGCUGUUACUCGUGUCCUGUACAGACCUGGGCUAAAAAAUGGACAUGAGAAUGAAGGUUCCGUUUAUCACUCUGACCUGUUUGCAAUGAUUGGGACAGUUUUCUUAUGGAUGUUUUGGCCCAGCUUUAACUCCGCAAUUGCCAAUGAAGGGCAAGACCAGCUCAUCGCUGUUAUAAACACCUACUUCUCGUUGUCAGCUUGUGUCCUUACAGCAUUUGCAAUUUCUAGCUUAGUGCAAGAAAAAGGCAAAUUUGACAUGGUCCAUAUUCAGAACGCCACCCUGGCAGGAGGUGUAGCUGUUGGCACUUGUGCAGAUAUGAGCAUUGGUCCAUAUGGAGCCAUGCUGAUUGGUUUCGUAGCUGGAAUAAUUUCAACUUUUGGAUUUAAAUUUUUAACACCAAUCUUGGCAUCUAAAUUAGGAAUACAAGAUACUUGUGGAGUUCACAAUCUACAUGGCAUGCCUGGUGUUUUAGGAGGAAUGGCUGGUAUUGUAGCAACGGCUAUCACAGGGACAUCUUUCCAGAUGCAAUCUGCAGCUUUGGCAUCAUCUGUGGGAAUAGCCAUUAUAGGAGGAGCAAUCACAGGUUUUAUUAUGAAGCUACCCAUCUGGGGCCAACCACCUGAUCAGAACUGCUUUGAUGAUUCCAUCUAUUGGGAGGUGCCAGAAGAAGGAGAGGAAGAGGAAAACCACCUGGCACAUGGAGAGCAUUCCACCAAUAAGAUUGAAGCCUAAAUUACAUUAAUAUUUAAAUUUAUUACAGCACUGCAACCACACACAACACUCAGUAAACAAAUACAAAAUUAAUGUGGCCUUACAAUAUAGAACAUUUGUGGCGUGACACUUGUCAUACAUUAAAAUUGUGCUGUUUUCCAAUGUUGCUGUACAGCAGAUUUGACUCCUUCCCUUCACAACUUUAAAGUUAAACUCUUAAUCAUGGGAUCUAGUUGAGAAUAAACAUAAUAUGAAACUGAUCCCUAAAAAUGCUAAAACUAAUGUAUUUUUCACACAGCUAACAGGGCAGACAUAGACAUAAACAUAGACUUGUGGGAUAUCUGAAAAACAUUUUAGAUAUUUCAAAUUAUUGCCUAAUAUUUUAAAAUGGGUUUCCACGCCAACUGAAAUAUCUUAAAAUGCAGAUGUGAUAGCUUGAAAAAACAGGAUGUUAUUUCAAGAUAUUUAAAUGUCAGUUUUGAUGCAUCUAAAACACCUUUAAAACAAACCUCAAACAGGCUUCCAGAUAUAUGAAAAUAGCUACCUGUGCAUUUCAAGUUAUUUCAAAAUCACUUUCUUGCUAUUUUAAGUUAUCCAUAAUGCAUUUUGAGACAUCUGAACAUACAGAGGAAAUGGUAUUGAGAAAAUAUGAAGUGCAAAAGAAGAUGAUGUCACAAAGUUCAUUUCAGAUAUCUUAAAAUGCCCGGGAAGUCAGUUUGACAUACUUUUAUAUAUAAAAAAAGAAAACCUUGUUUUGAGAUAUCAUGAAUUCAUUUUCAGAUAUUUGAAAAGCUCUGCUGCAUUUUAGGAUAUCUCAACUGUAUUCUGAGAUAUCUCUAAACAUUCAGAAGGCUUGCCAUUCCCAUGUAGACUGCAUCAUCAUAAAAUUGAUAUAUUAUAAGCAAGACUGGCUGGUUAUGUUAUCCUCCCAAACACUUCAAGCAGAAAGCCUCCUACAACUGGAUGUUGAAAACUUCAAGUGAUGAGGUGAUAAUAUAACUUGUUAAAGGAAAUGAACAAACCUUUCUGACUGCUUGCAUUUUUUUACUUCUCUGUAACACCUAUUUUAUGUAUUUAUCUUCAGGCUCUCUUUGAUUAUCAACCUUUAUGUGACAAAUGCAGCAUUUCUGCAUUUUUGUAAGUUAAAAAAUGUUAUAAAUUAUGUCCAGAUUAUGUUAUAAUUAAAAAGGUAAUGUCAAUUAGCACAAAAUAUUAAAAGUAAUAUACCUGUAACAUAUUAUAUAAAACAAUAGGUUUCUAUUCCUUGGACUGGAUAAAAGAACAGAUGGAUAGAUAAAGUCAAUAAAAGCACACUUCAAACAAAGCAUGCAUCCAUGAUGUUAUCUUAACAAGAAAGCAUCAUUUUAAUUAUUUUCUAUUUGCAUUAUUUUACUGAAUAUGCAAGUGCAAGGUAUUUUUAAUUCUUUCAAAAUUAUCAUUUAAACUUUACAUUUUUUAAAGUAACUUAGUUACUAAAAAUUUACUAAACAUGAAAGUUAUGUUUUUGCAUUUGGAACACUUUAUUUAAUUCAUGGUUUUUGUUACUAUUAUUUAUCAGAAAUGAAGAUGAUGAUUUAGCCAUGUAAAAGAAAACACUAGAUGAUAAGAAAAUUAAUUCACUGAUCCCAUUUCAAUGCAAGGUUGUGAGGGAGAAUUAAAUGUGGCCAUCACAAGACACGUUCAUGAACAUGCUCACACAUUCUGGACCCAUUUAGAGUCAGCAAACAAUACACAGAGUUUUAUAGGGAUGUGUGUGGGAAACUAUAAGUAUCCGGAGAAAAUCAAUGGCAAAAAAGUGUAAGUAUAUUGAGCACCAACUGGGCACUGGCACUUCUCACUUACUACUGUGCUACUUUCUGAAAAUGUGAUUUUUACAUUAUACCGUUCCAAAAGCAUUAUAAGUGUAUAGGUAUAAACAUAAUCAACAGAACAAAGUUAACAAAAUGAACACUGACAUAUUCCAAAGAAAAAAGUGUUUUCUUCUUCGUGUCUUUUAAUUAAUACUGGGUUGAUAUAAAAUAAAACAUAUGUUAGAAAAUGCAUUGUAAAUUUGUUGUAUAAUCAUUUACAUUAUUCAUGUUUUGUGACUUAUUUUGUAAAGCUGAUUGUUUUGAUAUUCAUGUUAGCUAUUAUUUUUAUGCCUAAGGUGAAGUUGCAUUGUUUUCUUCCUAGUGAUUUUAAAGAUAAAUAAAGCAUUACUGACACAGAUUUCACCAAU